UACUCUGCGCUCUUUGCUUUGGUGACCUACGGAAGUGAUUACUCAUGUAGCUAAUCGACUUCCUGUAAGGGAUAGACGGUUGUCAGAAAUAAGUUACUGCAUUGGUCUGGUGGAGUAAAACAAAGCUAGCUGUUAAUUAAAAGGAAUAAUGGAUGGGGAAGAAAAGGCUUAUGGAGGCUGUGAAGGCCCAGACGCUAUGUAUGUAAAGCUGAUUUCCUCAGAUGGCCAUGAAUUUAUCGUAAAGAGGGAGCAUGCCUUGACUUCUGGAACCAUCAAAGCCAUGUUGAGUGGCCCUGGUCAGUUUGCUGAAAAUGAAACUAAUGAAGUAAAUUUCAGGGAGAUCCCAUCUCAUGUCCUUUCCAAAGUGUGCAUGUACUUUACCUACAAGGUCCGCUACACCAACAGCUCCACAGAGAUCCCAGAAUUCCCCAUCGCACCUGAGAUCGCACUGGAACUGCUGAUGGCUGCUAACUUCUUAGAUUGUUAAAUGACUUAAUAAAUUAUAUUGCAAAAGUGUUUAGAUUUUCUUUUCCUGUUUUGGUUUUGAAUAGUAUUUAAUUGUAUGCUAUUGGAAGAUUUUAUAUACAGUUGAAUAUGCGAUAGAAUGUCUGGGUGUAGGCAGUAUAAAAUCUGAAAGUUGCUUGUUUUGUUUGAAUUUCUUUUAUAUUCUUUACUGUUAUUUUUUUCACAGAACUGUGUUUAUUCCACUAUUUUGGCCUAUAUUGGAUAACAACAUAAAGGCUCACUUUAUUAUAAACUGAUCUGGCUGUACCAGACUGUAGUAAUUUGUAAUGUUCCUACAAACCUUAUAUUGUAUCAGUUUUGUGUAUGUAAGCAUGCAUGAAGUAGAAUCAUUCAUAUAGACAACUUUUUUUUCUUGUAAAUCUGUUUAAUGUUUAACAUUAAAGUCAGGAAAAUUGAUAAUUUCAUCAGUCCUAAAAAUGCAGACCUUGAAUAUCCUCAAGACUGCAUACUUUGUGCAGUUUUGUCUGUGUACUUUGAAAAGUAUGAGUGUUUUUUAAUGCUUUUGCCAUACAUUGUGGUGGAUGAGGUUUCUAUUUCUUGUAUUUCAUAUAGAUUAUUAUUUUAUAUUUUUAUACGCAAAGGCUGCUGUGCUUUUUCAGGUAUCAUCAUUAAUAAUUAUUAUUAUACUGCCCAUUAUGUAGUUAAAUUUUACCCGAUGAUGGUAGACAUCUAAUUUACCCCUCUUUUCCAAAUUUUACAGUAUUCUGAAACACUUGUAUUUUAUGCAUUCCUAAUUGUAAAAUCUCUGCCUACAUUUUUUUUCGUCAUGAGGUAGUGUUAUACAAAGGAUGUGAACUGUUAUGUGUUAUUGAUUACAGCAUUUAAAGCCAAGAACAGCUGUGAAUCGGACAUGCUAAUUGGUUGAUGUAACUGGGGGGGGGGGGGGGGGGAUGACCCCCUGUGUCUUCUGGUUUUCACUCCAACUGAGCUCUCAAUCACUUAACUAAACCCUUAAUUUAACAAAUUUGUUUAAUUAGACCUUUUUAAUUGUUCUUGGCACUUAAACAGUUGCAGAGUUCAAGUUACUUGCAAAAUGUUGUAGCUAACCUGAAAUAUGCAACUGUCCAAGAGCUGAAAACAAGUAAAAAGGUCUAAUUAAGCAAAUUACCAGUUCAAUUAAGGGUAUAGUUAAGUAAUUGAGGGCUCGAUUGGAAAGGAAAACCAGCAGACACAGGGUCCCCAGGACCAAGUUUGAAAAGCUCUGAUGUAACUUAUGUUUGCAGUUGCAGACAAAAGUAUUGGCACCCUAUGCUGCUUAUACCAUAAUUGAAGGUAACAGAUUAAAGAAUGUAGUAAACUUGAACCACUUCUUAAUGAAACAAAAAGCAAAAUGCACAAUUUCUAGUAAUCUUUACCAAAGAUUAAACAAACAUAUUUUAUUUGAAGUAUUCGUUAAUGACAAAAGUAUUGGCACCCCUGAUUUAGUAUUUCAUGUGGCCUCUUUUUGCUUUUAUUACAGCUUUCGGACGUUUAUGAUAACUUUUAACCAGUAUGUUACAUUCUUGGUGGUGAAAUCUGGGCCCAGUCUGUAUUACAUAUUUACUUCAGCUCAGACAGAUUGGAUACAGAAUACUUGGCUACAGCAUUUUUAUUGAAUUGAGAAUUUUUAUCUUUGUUUAAUUAAAAGAAUUCCAUUUGACUUAGCCGAUUGCUUUGGGUCGUUGUUGUGUUGGUAUAAGUGUACUUUCUAGAAUGUUUUGAUAGAUGGCUGCAUUCAUUUACUCUUCAAUCACAUGGGUCUCCAGUCCAGUUCCCAUAUCAUGAUUGAACCACCUCCAUAUUUAACUGCGGUACAAGGCUUUCUUCAUUUGAAGGCUUUCCUGUUUUAUUUUGUUUUUUAUCCAAACACUGUGUCCCUUUUUGGGAAAAAGUUAUAUUUUAGUCUCAUUGGACCAUAAAAUUGAGUUAAAGACUGCUUCUGAUUCCUGUUCAUAUUUCUUGGCAAAUUUUAGACAGUUCUAUUUUAUUUAUUUUCUAAGUGGUUUGCAGUGAGGUCUACAUGCAUACAACUCUUCUGUGUACAGUUCUUUCGUGCACUAUUAUGCCUGAUACUUCUAAAGCUUUCUAAGUCCUUGGCUGUUAAUCUUGGAUUUUUUUAGCUGCUCGGAUGAUUCUCUUACCUGCUGUACCCAAAAUGUUCUUUAGACAUCCAUUUAUUUCAAGUAUUUCAGUUUAAUUUGUUCUGUGGUACUUCUUGAUUAUUGCUGUGAUUGUGGAUUUUGGUAUUCCAUAUUUCUUUGAUAUUGUUCUGUAGCCUUUUCCUUUGUUGUAGUUUGCUACGGGUGCUUUUCUCAAACGUAAAUCCAGCUCCUUUUUCUCGACCAUAAUCAAAACAUUUUUCUUCAACAGAUGUUGGAAAUAAUUACCUAUUUUUCUGGCUAUUGCCUUUAUAAUGCAGCUUAAUUAUUGUGUAAUGGGUUUUAAUCAGUGAAUAUAUUUAAUUAGUGCUAUAACAUGUUUACAGACUUUUAUUGUAAAGGUGCCAAUACUUUUGUCAUGAACAAAUCUUUGAACUUGCUAAAGUGCUUUUUUUAUAUAAAGAUUGUUUGUUAUACUAUCA